AGGGGGGCGGGUAGUUUCUCUCUUUUCUAUCGUUCUUUCCAUUCGAGACUCAGUCCAUUGCCGUUGCCAUUGCCAUUGCCACCACCUCGACAGUUUCAAGAACACGAAGCUUUCUUGAUUUCAAAGACGAUUCACAAUGGCAGAUUCCGAGGAUAUUCAGCCUCUCGUUUGUGAUAAUGGAACAGGAAUGGUCAAGGCUGGCUUUGCUGGAGACGAUGCUCCAAGAGCUGUAUUCCCUAGUAUCGUUGGUCGCCCCAGACACACCGGUGUUAUGGUCGGUAUGGGCCAAAAGGAUGCCUAUGUUGGUGAUGAAGCUCAAUCGAAGAGAGGUAUUUUGACUUUAAAAUAUCCCAUUGAGCAUGGUAUCGUCAGCAAUUGGGAUGAUAUGGAGAAAAUUUGGCAUCACACUUUCUACAACGAGCUUCGAGUUGCUCCAGAAGAGCAUCCAGUUCUGCUCACCGAAGCACCCUUGAAUCCCAAGGCGAAUAGAGAGAAAAUGACCCAAAUUAUGUUCGAGACUUUCAACACCCCCGCUAUGUAUGUUGCUAUCCAGGCCGUCCUUUCCCUUUAUGCCAGUGGUCGCACAACCGGGAUCGUUUUGGAUUCCGGUGAUGGUGUCAGCCACACAGUUCCAAUCUACGAAGGGUAUGCUCUCCCACAUGCCAUCCUCCGUCUAGACCUGGCUGGCCGUGAUCUUACAGAUGCUCUAAUGAAAAUCCUAACUGAACGUGGUUACUCUUUCACCACCACCGCCGAGCGUGAAAUUGUGAGAGAUAUGAAGGAGAAAUUAGCUUACAUAGCACUGGACUUCGAGCAAGAGCUAGAGACAUCAAAAACCAGCUCUUCAGUGGAGAAGAGCUAUGAACUACCAGAUGGACAGGUGAUCACCAUUGGUGCUGAAAGAUUCCGAUGCCCUGAAGUCCUCUUCCAGCCAUCCAUGAUAGGAAUGGAAGCAGCUGGUAUUCAUGAAACCACAUACAAUUCAAUAAUGAAAUGUGAUGUCGAUAUUAGAAAGGAUCUCUAUGGUAACAUUGUCCUCAGUGGUGGUUCCACCAUGUUCCCUGGCAUUGCUGACAGGAUGAGCAAGGAGAUCACUGCAUUGGCUCCUAGUAGCAUGAAGAUCAAAGUGGUAGCACCACCUGAAAGAAAGUACAGUGUCUGGAUUGGAGGCUCCAUUUUAGCUUCCCUCAGCACUUUCCAACAGAUGUGGAUUGCUAAGGCAGAAUAUGAUGAAUCUGGGCCAUCAAUCGUCCACAGGAAAUGCUUCUGAUUUAUUUGAAGCAAAGUUGGAAAGGGAACUUAUACUAUACACAUGUUGUUCUACAGAUGGCAGAGCUUUCUGUCAAGUGGUUGCUUAUUUUCCUUUUUCUUUCUUUUUCUUUUUCUUUUUCUUUUUUGGUUCACCAUUCUUUGUUCUC